AUGCCUCAUGAUCUAGCUACUGAAGUCUUACGAAAUCUAAAAAAUAGAGUCGGAUUUGACAGGUCUGCAGUCGACGGAAUUUGCUUCGGGACUGUUAUUCAGGUGCGAAUCUCCCUUUCCCGUGGUUCUAAUAAACUUAGGAGGUGAAGACACCGAAUGUUGCACGCGAGGCAGCGCUAUGCGCCGGAUAUUCCGAUAAAACGCCGGCAAGCACAGUCUCGAUGGCUUGCAUCAGCUCGAAUCAAGCCAUUGUAGAUUGUAUGGGCAACAUCGCUCUGGGAAACAUCGGCGUAGCAGUCGCUGGAGGUGUUGACAUAAUGUCAGACGUACCCAUUCGUUACAGCCGUAAAAUGCGGUCGGCCAUGUUGUCAUUUGGAAAGGUAAUAAAUUUUUCCAAGUCUAACUCAUUUUUACCAUCGUGGCUGCACGUACCUCACUUUGCGUCCUGUUUUAUUUAUAAGAUCCACUCUCAUUUAGGCCAUAAAUUUGGUUUGCAUUUUAUGGUAGCUUGCAGUCUUUGAAAAUUAUUAUGCAAUUUUUGCUACAUGAAAUCACGUGGGCGAUACUUUCAAGUUAGCUCAUCCAUUCUUCGAGGUGUCUGCCGAAAAUCAACCCAAUACUUUGGUGUUCUGUCUUUUUACUACGACCCUAUAAACGCAUUCCUGAAUUCGUGCUGAAGGUGCCCCCUUUACUCAUUUGUACUCCUCAGUAGACUCGGGGUUUUCUGUCUGUCUAUUUUGUCAUACUGGUAAACCCUAGGGGUUUCGGCGCCCAUGGCAUUAAAAGUGAGAAUUUGCACAUAGCAAUCUCAUUAUUGAUUCUCCCAAGCCGCUCCAAACUUGAAACGAAUCAUGGCUACUGUCGAAGAGUUCAUGCAGUCUGAUCUCACCGUCAACUCAAGUAAUUAAAAGUGAAUUGAAGUCCUUCAUACUUUUCUUGAGUCCAUGUUACUCACUUCCUACUUACUGAUAUCUUACGCGUUUGGUCGCCUCACUAUUUGCAUAGGCCAAAACGACUUUGCGAAAACUUACUUUGGCCAGUCAAAUGCUCAGUCCCUCGGCCUGGGUCCCUGAUCUUCCAGCGGUCGCGGAAUUUUCUACCAAUGAGUCCAUGGGUCACUCGGCGGAUCGUUUGGCUGCUGCCUUUGACGUUUCCCGCAAGGAACAGGAUGAUUACGCGUGUAGAUCUCAUUCGUUAGCCAAAAAAGCUUCCGAUGAAGGCAAACUUACUGACCUAGUGCCUUUCAAAGUGCGUGAAAUUCCGGAACCCGUUCAAAAGGCAAGUGUGCUAGUUCUUCUUACUUAGUUAUUUUAACCUGGUUUGCUGUUUCCUUUUCUUUCAAAUGCGUAUUGAGGCUUCGAUUCGUGCAAAAUUUGCGACUUGUUGAUCCUCACCAAUAUGGGCGGUUGUAAAAUCUCACACCCGAGCACACAGAACACCGAUGCACAGCUUAUAAGCCAGGAGAAACUCCGAGUUCUCUAGUUGUAUUGUCCUUACAGAGAUCAUACUUCCACUCGGUCACACCCACUUAGAAGAACGACCAGUCACUGCUCCCGCUGUAAAUUCUAGUGGGCUUGACCAUUACUUCCCACUCGUUCACGCUGGGGAUAUAAGUGAGAAUAUAACUUCUGUCGACAAAGAUAAGGCAACUAAAAUAGCCAUUUCUCGGUUACAGUCACCAGCAAGUGCUGUCCUAACCUCAUGUGAUGGCUCCUGCUCCGUCAUGCAAUAGAAUAGAUCGACGUAUGGCCUUAUCAUGUCGGAGAAUGGAGAAAACUGUCGACUGUGCACGGACUUUCCUUGUUAUGCAUAGGUUGGAUGAUUGUGAAAUUCCGAGGCGACUAGGUCCUCUCUCGAAUUGGUGCAAGACUUUCAUUAUAAUCUAACUCAUGCAAAAACCUUCAUUUUUUUUCGCUGGACAGUGGUCAUCAUCGUCGGACAAACUAUCUGUUUGCCAAAUAGUCACAUGCCAUUAAUGUCCUAAAAGUGACCUUCCUGCAUGCUAAUUAUGUUGUCAAUGGGUAAGAAAGCUGGAUCACGGAAUGAAACGUAUGCUUGGCAUACGACCAAUAGGUUAAUUUCACUUUAGCACAGCUUACUCCCCAUUUGCUGAGUUGGCCGUAGUCAAAAUUUACAUAAUGGUACUAUAAUCAUCCCCGAAGGUUUAGUAACUUUAUAUCCUACGAGGAUCAAUUGAAGGACAGUCGACGUUAUUCACUAUAAGAGGUCUGCUCUGUCACAAAGGUAGCCUGGAUCAAACAGGCGGCCCAAAAGUUUAAGCCUUCUAAGGUACCACUGCCUGCAUGCAUGUUUCAUGCAGCCGUGAUCGUAUCUGAUGAAGCCGGCCUUAGUCAUUUAGCGGACAAGACACCUGCACGCGCAACGGCAGUCUCUCUGGCGAUUUCAGCACACUUCCCUUGCAACGAAAACUGACAGUCUUAAUUUACUGUGUCGAUUUAGUUUGUUAUGCUGACCUCUAGUUAGGCGGCAUGACUGAAUUAAUGCCCCUUAUCCGCCGUCCUUGUAUGAUCUCUAAAGCGUAUGAUAUUAUUUCAGCCGGUGCGGUGUCGCACUCGAGGCUAAGUCAGAUUACAUAACCCGAAGGAUCGUUCUUAGGCAACAUUGGCUGACAAAUUCCGUGUUCGGCUUGUCAUCAGUGCGCACGGCCCAGCAUUCACAACUGUACAGGAGGCUGAAUGAUACACACGGAUCUGGUUAGCAGUUAGCAUAUCACCAUGAAUCCGUAGGCACCCUCGCGGACUUACAAGUACCCGCGAGCAGCAUGGCAUAUGGUGUUAGUGUUCUUAGAUUUUCCACUUAAUAACAACUUUGUCGAUAGGUCUUUCACACUGUCCACAUCUCUAGGCCGACGGCCAUUGAUCCUGAAAUGGUUUUCCUGGUCAGAGACGCAACUCGAAAAAGACUGGUUUUAAUGGAUAAGUCGGGUGGUUUGAUGAACUUGAUUAGUUGGGACACUAUGUUCUGUGGGUCUUCAUAACUCGGCGCUAUCAUGAAGGCAUAAACGUGACCGAGGCCAGUCAGCCAGUGUUAGAGUACGAAAUUGAUGCCAUUAAAAUCGCCAACAACCGUUCCGAUAGUCCAGUUUGUGAAUCAGUUAAACAGUAUGGGUAUCCUUGCGAAAGGCCAUAUCGAAUAUUGCCAGGUUUGUACAGGUUUUAUGGACAAAGUAGAACCAUUAUAGGUCAUAAUCCCAGCUGGCCAAAGAGGCUCACGAUGGAUGGCAUUGGACUCCCAGACGCCAUGGCGCAGCCAGCAGGACAGGCGACUGCCGAAAAUUAGCCAGUUCUUUCACAUUCGACUCGUAAUUCGACUUGCUGGCGCCUCUUCUUCAAGUCACGCGCACUGAAGCCGUCUGAGAAUGACGAUUGCAAAGGUCCUUGCUGCGCUAAUACCCGUACCCAGUUCUGUCUCAAUUUUUGGAAACCAGUAGGAAGAUGGCUGAGCCUCAGCAGAAUUGCUGUCGGGACGGUCCACAGCGACUACAGUGUGAGGCAGAAGGCAUAGGCCGAGACCGAUUCAUCAGCAAUAAAUGCCCACCAUGUAGGAUACAAAUGGACAAUAUUUAAUAAAGGUCGAAAACUGCUCUUCGGCCGGACCUUCACUCUUUGAGGAGCCGCCUGUGUUUGCCAGCUGCCGUCGAACCAGCAGACAGGUGGCACGCACCCAACCAAUGCCAAUGGGGUUGACGAGGAUUCAAAUCUGGUGCUGAGGACAAGAAGUCGAAAUCAUCAAGUUGAAUUCACCGCGGAAGGAAAUGAACGUGUUUUAUGUGCCCAAUAGAUGGAUGACUGGGUGCGACGGAAGCACGCUAUCUUUGUUGUUGACACUGUUCGAGGAGGACUCCGAACUGGAUGCGCAUACGCCAUUAUAAUUGUGUAGACAGUUGUCAUUGCCGUUGCCGUAGCCACCAUCUGCAUCGUUUGCUGAAGCAGUAAUGACUUGGUUUAACACUGGACACAGCGCGUUGUGUCAUACCUUCAAGUGCCAAACUUCGUUUCAGUAGCCUGGAGCCUCGAGAAACAAUUCAGUCAUGGUGUCCCGCACAACAAUCACAGCUGCAGUAGCCCUAGCGGCCUCAUCGUAACCAACGUCUGCAAGUCCCGCUUUCGAUGACCGUAUCUCGAACUGUCUCUGCGCUUGUCAUAAGGAGGCAGGAAAUCCUGCAACAAAAACCAGUUGGUGCGUCCAAGAGUAGUCAUGUUUAACUGGAGUUGACUGCCGCGUGCUUGGUAAUGCCCCAAUGCGUUCAUAAGACUGUAGGCAGUAUGUUAUACCGACAAAGACAAAGGAGACUGGAAUGGCCGUUUCUGGCUUAUUAGCCGUCGUCAGUCAUACCCAGCCUCGAAGUGUGGAACACCGGAGGCUCGAACCCGCGACCUGUUAGUUAGAAGUCCACGCCUCUAACCACUGGGCCUCAGGUGUUCCACACUUCGGGGUUGGGUAUGACUGGCUGACAACGCCUAAUAAGCCAGAAGUGGUCAUCCCAGUGUCAUUUGUGUUUGUCGGUAAUAACAUACUGCCUAUAUAAUGCGCAGCUGUGCGGCUGCUGGUUGGGCUCGAGAGAGCCCGUAAGGCCAACGGAACGAGUGAGUUCCGUUAGAACGACCGGUGAGCGCGCCCCUACCAUUAUAAGAUUGUUUCUGGUUUUUAAUUGAAGCCGAACCCCUUAGGAGCCCAGCAUCGCAGCCCAUCAGUGGAAAUUGACAAGCCGGUUCACGCAGGACGAACAUUUGCCUAGCUGCAUUUCCGAAAUUGUCAUAUCAACAGAGUUGGAUAAGUGUUUUUCUUUAAAUUGUUGGUAAUGCGCUGCCACCCAGGAGCCUUCAUAGCGAGUUCUGUGGUACUCCCCGUAACUUCUCUGCCACUCAUCAAUCAUGUUGGUAAUGAACUUUCCCCUCAAACCUUGACCUACCACCUCGAUCGAGCCGCUACAACCCUUUUCCUUUUUCAGGACAACGGCAUACGCCCUUCUGAUCCUGCUACAAUGGCGAAACUGAGGGCAGCCUUUGUCAAGCCGCAUGGCACGAUCACAGCAGCGAAUGCCAGUUUUCUGACAGACGGCGCAUCUGCGUGUCUACUCACGACCGCUGAGCGUGCAAAGACCCUGGGCUGGAAACCCAAGGCCUACCUUAGGGACUAUAUUUUUGUUGCACAGGACCCGAAGGACCAGCUUCUCCUCGGGCCCGCAUAUGCUAUUCCACGGUUAGUUUGUCUUUUUUGUUUCUGUUGCCUCUGCUAACCCGCCCGGUUUUUUGAGUGGGUAGUGGGCGUUCGAAGUUUCGAGCUUCGUUUGCGUAUUUACAAACAGUGUGACCAUUGCGUCGUCAACCAAGUCAACUAGAAGCCUGGGUCUGGCUCAGGGGGGUUCAGACUUUUGCUUGCAUACGACAGUUUGACUGUCGAUUCCGACGAUGUCCACACCAUGUUCCGCACAGCGUAGUAGAUGCAGGGACGGUGACUUGCGCGUGAAUAGAUUUAUAGUGAUAGUAGACUUGCGCUGCAUCUACCGCACCCUCCUCUCCCACCUGGACCCAGUGCUAUGGCAAAGUCAAAAGGGCCGGAGGCGGGAAAGCCCUCAGGUGGCUGGCGCGGCGUGAAUCCGCACCUAAGCUCACCGCCCUCCCCCCGCGCGUGGCAUUUGUUAUGAGUGCGCCUCCCCAAUAACGCUUGGCCUGCCCGGAUCCGGCCGCCGCGUUGAUCCAGCGCAUCUACCGCGUGGCCUGUCCUAGGGGCGGAUUGCUUGCAUACAGAAGUACCUUCGCGCUACCGACUUGAUGUUUCACUCCAACCCCAUUCCCUCUUCCCCUUAGCUCGAAGCCUGACUCAAGAUCUUUAUACGCGGACCUGCCACUUAUUAAGGCGUACCUGACUGCAACAGGCUGACAAAAGUAGGGGCUGUAAUAAAACAGACUCUUGCAGACUUUCCGACUCCUACAGUGAAAUGGUUGGGGAGACCGCGUUGUCGAACAUCGACUUUCCCCUAACCAGCAAACUUAAAGGGGCGCACUUUGGGCACUUUGACAUCAUAGACACACAACCCUGCAUGGGAUUUUUCUCCUCAAUCAGAGUUUCACCGACGAUAACGAAUGAAAUAACCGUUGCGGGAUUAGUUGUCGACGUCGGCCAGCCAUGGCCCAGACUGUAAAGGAGUGUUCAUUGUCAGUGCAAGUGCCAUUCACUGGUUUGGUCGUUGUUUUUGUUUUGCAGGAGACCACCUGUGUGUGGGCGGUAGUUUAGGCGGGAGGGCGGGGACGGAACAGGCGCAUUCUAUUUUGUUUUGAAUUUCCUGGCUGGAGUCUUCGCAGACCGGGUCUAAAAAUCAAGAAAAGUCCUGCGCCCGCUCAUCCCUCUCCCUCCCAAAAGCCUGCGUCACCGGCUCCUGCGUCUUCGUGGCCAAAUUAUUCCUAUAAUUGUGCAUGACUUGGGGUCGCAUGCCCUUAACUAUUGCGCGCCUGUUAACUUUCGGACUUGUGCCUGUGCAUGAAUUGCUUGUUUUUUUUCGAUCACUCAAAUUUCCACCCACAUGUAACCGGGACCACCCGCCUACACAAACGAGACAUGCUACUUCUCCUGUCCAGCUGUCUGCAUCAAAUCGUUGUUAGUGCGCGUCGGUUAAAAGUGCGGGACUCGAGUUAUUUGGUUCGGUUCUUGGUUUCUCUAAAGCUGAGAUCUAACCGAUCGCAAGCCCCUGCAAGGUUCGUUUGUGUAACGCUCCUCUAAUCUUUGGUAUCGGAGGGAUGGGUGGAGAAUCCAUAUUUCCGUACCUGAUUCGAUUGGGGGAGACUGCAGUGCCGUCGUCGUCGUCGUCGUCGUCUCUCGUCGCCGUGCCCGAAGACAUGACAUCCGAAAGGGGGUUUCGGGUGAUUGUAAACUAUGUAACUAGCGGCGUCAGUCUACAGAAGACCGACCAACACGCUAGAAAUGCUAAGUUCCAAUAGCAACUACCCGCUUCAACACAAACGAAGCUGUGUAUUCACGCUAUACCGGUGGGUGGAAACUCGUUGCAGCACGCCAGCUGCCAAACUAGACCAGAUAAAGCUCUUCCAAGAACUCUUCAGAGCCAACGGCCACCCUCGAGCGUUCGUUGAACAGAGUCGAAUGCAACAAAAGAAGUGGGAUGAAGAAUAUUAGUCAGCCACAGUCGUGCCGCAGCAUUCAGUACAUGAAGUGCAUCUCCACAGCCGUGGCUAGAUCCAUCGCGCCACUCGGAAUGAAUUGCUCCCAGGCCUGACUCAACAAUCCUCCUGCAAGUGAUCUCUAAAGAGGAGAUGUCGGCCGCUGUCUGCCGACUUCAGUGCAGCUGCGGGAUGUCCAGCUACGCUGGGGGAGACCUGCCAACGGCUGCAAACACGAAUGCGCGAGCAUCAGUUGGCCGUGCGAAGGUGUUAGACCCAAAGUCGGAGGUGCCAACCCCUGCCACGCAAACGGGACACAUAUGUGAUUUUGACGCCACUGAGAUCGUGGACCGAGGUGGCGAUCAGGUGCAGGAAGUCUGGACGUCCACCGACUGCCCUGCCAACCGCCACACAGUAAUUUGCUUCCCCUCUAUCUGGUUUUACGAGCCUUGACGGGGGACAGUCACGCCGCGAAACAGUUGGGGCCGCCAAUUAUCUCCGCGGCUAGUGGGGGAGGGGGGGGGUGACCCAGGUCGCGGUGACAUGCGGGUCGGAUGCAGCCACGCAGACGGCACUGGCGGGCUACGCAUCAAACCAUGUACGCCAUAUAGUGAGGGCUGUGCGCAUGACUUUUUACCCUCUGAAGAUGGUUGAACGAGGUAACUACUUGAAACGCCAGACCUCUAACAAAGCCCGUUCCGGUGAAGGCCUCCUCUUCUCUUGAUAUGCCACCUGGGAAUCGCAUUUUAACCUUACCGUGCUGCAAAUCCAGACUCCUGCCUGGCACUGGCAUCACUCAAAGUCGCACGUGAAUCGCGUUCGCUGAUCUUAUCUUGUGCCUGUAGGCAAAAGGCCGCAGGUGAUGCCGUAGCGACAAACGGUCCAUACUCGGAAGCUGUCAUCGGCAAGGGUAAUGGAGACCAGAAUAGCCAUAUUUGAUUUACCUGUCGUUGGCUGCUAGCCACCAUCCAGUCUCAGAUUGAACUGGAAGCAGAAACAAACAACCAACUGUCCUUCCUGACAUGCUUGUGCGCCGGUUUACAACUGGACAACUGCAAACCGCAGUAUUCCGAAAAUCCACCAACACGAGACAAAUCCUACACUUCAACAGCAACCAUCCUCUGUCUCACAAACGUAGCUGUGUCCGCACUCUAUUCCAAAGAGUCGAAACACACUGGUGCACGCCAGAAGAUAAAAGAGCCGAACGAAUGUAUCUCCAGAACCUAUUUUCAGCCAAUGGCUAUCUCCAGACAUUUUAUCAGGAGAAGCAGACGGACGCACAGACGACGGCCAAAUGAGCAGCAACCCGAAGUAUGGAGGGCCAUUCCUUACGUUAAAGGGGUCUCUGAGGCGGUCUUUCGAUUGUUACAACCUGCCAGAGUAGACGUAGCCCACCGACCCCGGGCACCAAUUCGACGCCGUCUGAUGCAACCUAAGGACCCAUUGCCACCCGCCGAAACUUCAGCAGUUAUCUACAAAAUAAGUUGCAAUGAGGGCGACUACAGCUAUGUGGGAGAAACCGGGCGGAACUUGCAGACUCGCCUACAAGAGCAUAGAUAGGCUACUCGGAGGUUACACCCACUCUCAAUUAGCAACACACGUUUGAGAAACUGGGCAUACUUUCGUUCUCCAGCGAGCUGCCAUUUUAGGCCGGGGCAACACAAAAGCAGAACGGCUAACUCUCGAGGCGUGGUUCUCCGAUGCCCACUCCAUCAACAGGCAUCUGGAUCUUCUUCCUCCUCUUCUUCUUCUUCUUCUUCUUCCUCUUCUUCUUCCUCCUAAUCUUCUUCUUCUUCUUCUUCUUUUCAUCUUCAAAUAAUCAACCCGGAUCUCUCAACUGUGCCAAUCUGAACAGUCUCAGAGUGGAUGGGUUACAGGACCCAGCGCUGUGAUUCUACAGCCGUCCCAAGCAAAAUUUUGCGAGCUCAUCCUAAGUUUUUGUUUGUGGGCAUUCUUCUCAGUGCCAGACCCGAGCUGUCUGAAUAGAAUGGAUUCACCAACAAAAACGGGAAAUCAGACAUGGCGCCCAACUGUGGUAGUUUGUUAUUUAUAGUUGACGAUGGCUAUUGGUGGUUUGAAUGAUGGAUGGAGGACUUUGAUGAUUGUUGUUAGGGCGCAUGGAGUGGUUCAUGAUAGUUGUAUUAGUCUUGGGCAAGAAACAACUACUGACCGAUAAUUCGACCGGAUAUCGAGUAGACGGAGGUGUCCAAGAUUUGAGGGGUAAUUGGCGAUGAAGCUAGGCGAACAGAGGUUGUACGCAGCAGCUACGUCCGCCGUGCCCACCCUGGAGGCCACAAAUGCCACAGCAGUGGGUGACUCGAUGUGGUUCAUCUUUUUUAUGGAGUCCUGUGCGUUCUGGUCGCACAGCUUCCCGUGUUAUAGAGUUUCGUGACCAGUGUUUUUUUGCAUAGUGCCCACGUUGCAGUAAUUGGUGCGGAAGAUACGAAGGUGUUCACUAAGAUCUACCCGAGUUCUGAAUCUGCAUUGGCAGUGGUAGAACAUAGGUGGGGGGGGGGCAUUGUACUCCGUUUCUUACAACCCUGAUUAGGGGAAAAAUGAAGGUCGAGCGCCUGCAAGAGUAGAUUGUUAAUUUGAACAUCGAACUGCUUCUCAAGUCUACCGUCCGAUGAAGAUGAGUAGCAUCCAAAUAAUUGAAGCGAAGCACGUAGUUGAUCAGGUGUGCCUUGUUUCUCUGCGACCGCCUGCGUUGAUUUUGGUAGCGGUCGCCAAUCAUGCGACAGGGCUACACCCGCGGCCUGGUCGCCGGAUUUCCACAUUUCAAUCGCCUCUCCCAUCGUCCCCCAAUUUUCGAAGCUGUGGUUUUGUCUCAGACUCUAAGCAGCUAUGAGAGAUAACAUGUUUCGCUUCUCCCGCUCCACCUCACGGAAGACUAUUGUACGUCCAUAUGGCCUAGUCUCAAGUUUUCGCCCCGUUUGACCCUGUAAUUGUGGGUCGGUCGGCGCACGAAACGUGACAGGAACACUCGAAUGUCCGCCGGAAAUUAGCUCGGCCUUGCCCCCACGUGAUUUGACUAAUUGUGGCCAUGGGCCAGUGUGUGAAUUCGCUCUUAAGACCGCGGCCCCUCCAUUUCAUGGCCUCGGAGACACCUCUUAUGCAAAGAAGUGCUCGCCGCGUGGGGGCUUCUGCUUCGUUGUUACUGCCAAGACACUAGCUUUCGAGCAGUUCGCUCACCUUUGGUUACUGCAGACUAAGGGAAAGUCGUUUCUUCUGCAUUGACCUCGCAAAUAGCAGUCCCUGCAGGAUAAUUAUCUUCGCGUGAUUGUCGCACUGCUUGUACAUCCUGGCGAGUGGUUACUGCAAGGACAGGCGAUCUUGUUUGUCUUUUUUGAUUUUUUAUGUAAUGCUGUUUCCAAUGAUCUGCUUUGUUGUCAGUUUGCCAAAAUACCUAUGGACAGGGGCUUCCACACUAUCACCAUUUCCAUCAUCAACUUGUUUUCGGGAAGUUGGAGUUAAGGGAAUCAUUGACUUUGUAGUUGGUAUUAAUCUUUAUGAUUGCAGAAGCGCCUUCCGCCGACCUCUAGUCGCAGUAGGCAACCGGACGACUAGCUGUCCGUCAAUGCAACCAUCCCUCCUUUCCCCGUACACGUCAUUAUAAUCGGCGUCAGCCAUGCUGCCCCUAUCCGUGCAAACAGAAUCCCUGCUUGUUUUGCUGUCUCGCCUAACCUCAUGUCACCUACUCUAUGACUAUUUCCUAGCUCUCAGCACAGUUGCCGUAUUUUGGUGUUGAGCACGUAAAUAGACACGCCCAACCUUGAAUCCGGCCAUGCUAGCUUAUCUCACCCCCCUCCCCCUUUCCUCCAUCAGCUCACCAUAGCUCCUUGUUUUCCACUAACAGAUUACUCGAACGAAACAAGCUAAAGAUCAGCGACAUUGACGUCUUUGAGCUGCACGAAGCCUUUGCCGGCCAGGUGCUCGCCAACCUCCGCGCCAUGGACUCGGACUUUUUCGCCCGCGAAUUCAUGGGUCGGACGAGCAAAUUUGGCAGCAUACCGAUGGAAAAGUUGAAUCUCUGGGGUGGUAGCCUGAGCAUAGGACAUCCGUUUGGGGCGACUGGCGUUCGUCUGGUCACUACGGCGGCCAAUCGUCUGCACGCGGAAAAGGGCCAACUGGCCCUGGUUGCAGCCUGCGCGGCCGGCGGUUUGGGACACGCGAUGCUUAUUGAGGCCUUCUAG